UGCCCCAUCAUUGGUGUCAGUGGGAGGAAUAGUGUCCCAUCACUGGUGUCAGUGGGAGGAAAAGUGCCCCAUCAUUGGUGUCAGUGGAGGAAUAGUGCCCCAUCACUGGUGUCAGUGGGAGGAAUAGUGCCCCAUCAUUGGUGUCAGUGGGGGAAUACGGCCCCAUUA